AGAGGAGAAUGAGCUCCCGCGGCAAGUUACUGAAGUUUAUAUGAAUAGUACUGACUGACUGUUUUUAUUUUUAACGCGAUAAACAUGUUGCAGUUUCGGUGUUUUGUGCUGGUGCUUCUGUGCAGCGCGGCUCCUCUGUCGGCUGCCCCCACCAGGAGCAACUACCUGCCGGGGACAGGUCGGUUCUGGCACAUCACUGACCUCCACCUGGACCCCUCCUACCACCUGGCCCCCGACCCCACCAAGGUGUGCUUCUCCUCCAGGGGGGCCCCGGCCACGCGGCCCGGCCUGUUCGGGGACUUCCUGUGCGACUCUCCCUACCGCCUCAUCCAGUCAGCGUUCGAUCACAUGGCGUCGCUCACACAGCCGCAGGACUUCAUCGUCUGGACCGGUGACAGUCCUCCUCACGUCCCUGCUGAUGAACUCUCCACAGACCUGGUGAUCCAGGUGAUCAGUAACAUGACUGACACCAUCAGGAAACACUUCCCCAACCUGACCGUCUACCCCGCCCUGGGUAACCAUGACUACUGGCCACAGGACCAGAUGACGAGCUCCAGUAACGCCGUCUACAGAGCUGCUGCUCAGCUGUGGAGCUGCUGGCUGCAGCCUGACGCUCUCAUCACCCUCUCACAAGGUGGUUUUUACUCCCAGCUGGUGAAACCUGGUUUGCGGGUUCUAAGUCUCAACACGAUCCUCUACUACGGUCCCAACAAGGUCACAGAAAACAUGACGGACCCUGCUGGGCAGUUCGAGUGGCUGGAGAAGACUCUGGAGAAAGCUGCUCAGAGUCUGGAGAAGGUGUACGUCAUCGCUCACGUACCUGUGGGCUUCCUGCCCUUCACCAGGAACAUCACGGCUAUAAGAGAGAGCCACAACGAGCGGCUGGUCUCCAUCUUCAGGAAGUACAGUCGGGUCAUUGCGGGACAUUUUUAUGGCCACACCCACCGUGACAGCAUCAUGGUGCUGUCGGACCAACAAGGUAAUCCGUUGAACUCCCUCUUUGUGUCACCGUCGGUUACGCCGAUCAAAAACAUUAAGGAGCCGUAUUCCAACAAUCCAGCGUUCCGCAUGUACCUGUACGACUCCAACGACUACAACAUGCUGGAUAUCUGGCAGUACUAUUUGAAUCUGACGGAAGCCAACGAGAAACAAAGAUCCGACUGGAGGCUUGAAUAUAUCAUGACCGAGGCGUUUGGACUGGCUGACCUGCAGCCACAGAGCCUGCUGCAGCUGGGCCUGAGCUUCAUGCUGCCGCAGAGCGAAGCCUUCGACGUUUAUUUCAGCCACCACAUCGUCGGCUACGACCGCAGCAUCACCUGCCGAGGAGACUGUAUGUUCAACCAGGUGUGUGCCGUGCUCUGCCUGGACCAGAAGUCCUACUCCAGGUGUGCUGGAGAGGGAGAGUGGUAGCAGGGACGAGGAGCAGAUUCUUCUCAGGGCUCACAUUUAGCUUUUAAAAUCACUCU